CCCGUUGAAACAUAUGUAGUAAAAUCAACGCUCCGGAAGUAGCUAACCCGCAGCCGUGUUUGUUAGCUACUGCUAAAAGUCAACUAUUACAAUGUCCGAUUGACAGGUUGUCAUUAUGGCGGAGGGUUUUCUCAUGGAGGUGUGCGUGGACUCCGUGGAGUCUGCUGUCAAUGCGGAGCGAGGAGGUGCAGGUCGACUUGAGCUGUGUUGCAGUCUCAUGGAAGGAGGGCUCACUCCCAGUGUUGGCCUAGUGCAGGUUGUAAAAAGGUAUGUGAAAAUCCCAGUCUAUGUGAUGAUCCGGCCUCGUGGGGGCGACUUCCUUUACUCGGACCAGGAAGUGGAGGUGAUGAGGAAAGACAUGGAGGAGAUGAAGAACCAUGGAGCGGAUGGAUUUGUGCUGGGAGCCCUGACAGAGGAUGGGAGGGUGGAUGCAGAGCUGUGCAUGGAGUUUCUAGCUGCUGCUCGGCCCAUGCCUGUGACCUUCCAUCGAGCUUUUGACAUGGUCCAUGAUGCAGCGGUUGCCCUGGAAACGCUGGUGUCGUUAGGUUUCCAGCGUGUGUUGACAAGUGGCUGUGACAACUCUGCACUGGAAGGACUCCCGCUCAUUAAACGCCUUGUAGAUCAAGCUAAAGGUAGAAUUACCAUCAUGCCAGGUGGUGGGAUCACAGAGAGAAACCUGCAAAGAAUUUUAGAAGGAUCGGGAGCUCAAGAGUUUCACUGCUCUGCUCGCUCCAGCAGAGAUUCUGCCAUGAAGUUCAGGAACAGCAGCGUGACAAUGGGAGCUUCUCUGUCAGCACCUGAGUACAGCCUGAAGGUGGCAGAUGUGAGCAAAGUGCGCACAUUUAACGCCAUAGCCAGAAAUACCCUAUGAAUGGAAACCGCGUGGUCAUGACUGAUAAUUCAAUGAUACCUCAAAGGUGAUCACAUUCUUUCAUUUUUAUUGGAAGUCCAGAGAAAAUUGGGAUUUGGUAUUCUCAUCAAUGGAGUGCUUAAAACUCAGUACAAGUAUCUUACAUACCAUUAAGCCCUAAAGUAUUCAUACCUGGCCAAAUGUUUAGCUAAAUAUAAUUGUAUUGUGUAUUAGCUGGAAAUGACACAGGAAAGUGGCAUAGAAUACAGUAAUAGUAUUUCUAUUUUUAGCUGGUCCCAGUUUAUUUUAGAAUAUUCUGCAACAGCCGCGUCCAACCUGCAGCUAAUUUGUUAACGUCCCGUGGCACAUCCUAAAAAUGCUUAAAAAAAAAAAGGUUUAAACGUAAAAAGUGGAAUAAAAAAUCAAACAAGUGUAAUGUAAUGAAAACAAGUUAAAAUGUUGACCCUAAUAACAAAAAACAGACAGGCAAUCUUUCCUUAAAAAAUGUGAGGUAUAGUCAUUCCUCACCGCAUUGCGCUUCAAAUAUUGUAUCUUUUUUGGAUUUAUAUACAAUUUCAUUUUUUUGGUCCUAAAUUGAGCAUUUUGAAGCAUAAAAUACUGCUACUACUAUACUACUAAUGUAGUAUUUGCAACUUGAUGAGACCAAACCAAUCCGAACACUCCGUUCAGUAUCCUGGCGACUGAUUGACUCAGCCUCAGAUAGUAUUACUACAUUACGGUGGUUCUCAAACUUUUUUCACCAAAUACCAUUUCAGAAAACACUUGGCUCUCCAAGUACCAACAUAAUGACCAGCAUUAAACAAUAGUCAACUCUAUUAUACUAGUUAAUUCAUUAAAAACAUGGCAGAGGUUUUAUUUGACCAGAACAUUUAAUAUCUUUGGCCACUGUAACAUUACACACAGUUUGAACACUUUACUUAAAUGAAGAAUCAGAACUUGGGCGUAUUACUCGAUAGAGCCCGUGUUCCACAGUUUGAGAAUCACUGCUAUAUUGGAUUGGAAAAGUGUAAAGGCAACUAAAAGUGUUAUUUCCAGUCUAGAGGGCUCUCAUAAUGUUGAUAAAUAUAUUUAGAAGGUUGUAAACAGUUUUUUAUGCUCAAGCUUUGACAAUAUUUGAUUCCAACUUCACGGAAGUUGGAAUCAAAUAUAAUAUAAUGAUAUUUUAUACUUAAUGAUUCCAACUUCGCGGAAAUUAAUUUUUUGCAUGUCCGGAACCAAUAAAUCAGGGACAACUGUAUUAUAUUUGUUUUGAAAAUGAAAAGUAUUUUCAACAUAUUUAGAUUUUUCAGUUGGCGGCCCUCCCUGGAAAAGGUUUGGACACCCCUGUUCUAGAAUAUGCUCGAACCCACCGGAACUCUUUAAAAUAUAGUGCAAAAUACUGUGUUUCCCCAAACUUGUCAGACCAGAUUCAAAUAUUACUAAUUGUCAGUUUGUUAUUUUUGUGAAUAUAGCAAUAUCUGUACAACUUUUGAUGCUUGUACAUGCAUUUUGUAUAAUUUCUAGCAUGAAAAUGCCAAUGCAGAUUGACUUUAACUCAGUUUUUGGCCAUGUCAGUAUGAGAUUUUUCAUAGCAUGCCACAUAGGACUUAACUGUGAUGAUGUAAAGAAUGCAUACGUUUUUCAAAAUGUGUUUUACAUUGGAAAAUCCCUCUAAUGAAACGGUUGUUUUCAACCACAUUUACGGAGCCAUUGACUUUCGUGAAGCCAAAACUGUGACCCUCUAGUUUUUUUUAUUGUCAUUAAAAAUUAAAUAAAAAUCUUUGGACAAGGUUAU